AUGACUCUUUUGCAUGGGCCAAUUUUGCAAUUUGCCAGAUGGCUGAAGAAGGUGGCUUUGGUGAUAGCUGGCUGCUGGGAGACAGUGGAUAUCCUCUUCAGCCCCUACCUCUUGACACCUGUGCAGCAUCCAGCCACCAUUGCAGAGGAAAGGUUUAAUCAGGCCCAUGGAAGGACACGCUCUAUAGUGGAGAGGACUAUAGGACUGUGGAAACAAAGUUUUCGCUGCAUCAGCAAGUCCAGUGGUGGCCUAAAGCUAAACCCCACCAAAAGCUGUUCUGUUAUUGUGGUUACUGCAAUUCUCCACAACAUUGCAGUCAGGGAAAAUGUCCAGCUUCCUGAGGAGGAAGUUGGUGCCGUUGGAGCCGAUGGUGAGGAAGAUGCUGUUUCUGAUGAUGAUCCUUUGAACCCACAUCAAGGCAGAAUGCAUCCUGCAGGAGCAGAAGUCAGAGAACUUUUAAUUCAGAAUAUGUUUGGAUGAAAGCCCUACUCAUUUGUUCCGAAUCAGCAAGUUCUGGUGAAGUGUCUGAGAC